UAGUUAUAUAUAAAGAGGCCCCGAGCUUCUCCAUUGUAUAGAACAUAAGGUACAUCUAAAUUAAGCAACUUACUGAGGUAGUCUUUUGAAAAAUUAUAAUGAGUUUUCUCCAAAGUUUCGUGUCCACGGCAUCUGUGCCUUAUAAAUCCUAUUCUCGAUCUCUCACCAGUACUCAUGCAAUCCCUUAUGGUACUUCAAUCCCUGUCCUCACUACCACAAAAAGUUAUCAUUGCUACCAUCACUACAAUAGUACCAGAACUUCUGCAACUGGAAGAACUUUUAGAGUGGUUUGUUGCGAAAACAAAGAAAAUGCCGGAGGUGAUAGUAUUGGCAUUGUUAGUUAUCUUCAAGGCAAGAACUAUCUUAUCACAGGCGCAACUGGAUUUCUAGCCAAAGCUUUUAUUGAGAAGAUGUUACGUACAGUGCCUGAUGUGGGGAGAAUCUUUCUGUUGAUCAAGGCAAAGAAUAAAGAAGCUGCUAUCCACAGACUUAAAACUGAAAUUUUAGAGUCGGAACUUUUCAAAUGCUUGGAACAAAUGCAUGGGAAAUCCUUCAAGGCUUUCAUGAUGAGGAAGCUGGUUCCAGUAGCUGGGAAUGUUUGUGAAUCCAAUCUGGGGAUGGAUCCCUAUACAGCUAAUGAAAUCGCAAAGGAAGUUGAUGUGAUCAUAAAUUCAGCCGCCAAUACAACUUUAGACGAAAGGUAUGAUGUUGCUCUCAACACCAACACAAGAGGACCUUCUCGACUCCUAGGUUUUGCAAAGAAGUGCAAAAAACUUAGCCUUUUCUUGCAUGUAUCAACUGCAUAUGUCAAUGGGGAGAGACAAGGAUUAAUUAUGGAGAAACCUUUCCACAUAGGACAGACAAUAGCAGAGGAAAGUGCCACCUCGGAAACCCUUCCAAAAUCUAUCCCAGUGUUGGAUAUCAUUGCUGAAAUAGAGUUGGCUUCAGAUUUGAAAUUAUUUGUGCAUGAAAAUGUUGUUGCUCAAAAGAUGAAAGAAUUGGGUUUGCAAAGAGCAAAAAUCUUUGGAUGGCAAAACACUUAUUUGUUCACCAAGGCCAUGGGAGAGAUGCUAUUAAAUGGCAUGAGAGGAGAUAUUCCACUAGUCAUCAUCCGCCCAAGUGUAAUUGAGAGCUCCAUCAAAGAGCCUUUCCCAGGAUGGAUACAGGGAAGCAGAGUGUUGGAUCCAUUGAUCUUAUCCUAUGGUAAAGGCUGGCUCCCAGGAUUUCUUGGAGACCCAAAAACAGUUAUAGACGUGGUUCCUUUGGACAUGGUUGUCAACGCGUCCAUAGCAGCCAUAGCAAAGCAUGGGAUAGCUGCGAAACCUGAAUUAAAUGUCUACCACGUUGGGUCAUCUGCUGUAAACCCGCUUUUGGUUCAUGAUUUAUUCAAGUUUUCUUGCAACCACUUCACUUGUUCUCCAUUAAUGAACUCGGAAAGGACAAACAUACGCAUCAAUGAAAUGAAGUUUUUCAAUUCAAUGGACAAUUUCGCCUCAUACAUUUCGGAUGAAAUAGUUCAAAGAAGUGGACUAAUGGAUACAACCAUUACAGACUCCAAGUUGCGAGGCAAGCUGGAAAUAAAACGCAAGAAGAUAGUGGAGCAUGUUGUUCACUUGGCUAAAAUUUAUGAGCCAUAUAUGUUCUAUAGGGGAAGGUUUGACAAUCAAAAUACCCAGAAAUUGAUGGAAGGCAUGUCAUUGGAAGAGAUGAGGGACUUCGGAUUCAACGUAGGCAGCAUAAACUGGGAGGAUUACAUAUUGAAUGUUCAUAUUCCAGGUUUUAGAAGGCAUGUAUUGAAAGGAAGACUUGUAUUCUAAUAUUUAUUCUUUUGUUACCAGGAUCCCCAUACCUUGAUAGGGUGUUGGGGAUUCUUGCAUUUGCGUUUAUUGUACCACUUGAAUAUUGUCCAGAGAAGACUAUGAAGUCUGUGAUACGUGCAUUAUCA